AUGCAAGAAGAAGGGAAAAAAAAAAAAACAAAAAAAAUGAGCCACCCAGGUCCUAAUACAGAGUUCGAAUCGGACCGGAAGGCUGAGCUUUUACGAAGGCUUAAGAACUUACUCGACAUCCCAGUUCCAUCUCCUGCAUGGGCGGCCCUAUGGCUAGCGGACCUUUCUGUACUGGAAACCACAGUUGAAGAUAUUUCCUCAAAUGAUACAGCUCUACGGGGCUUGCGUUCAUCGAUAGUGCAGGACAAUGGGCUCCUUGUUCGACAGUUGAUAGGACAGGCCGUGCAACGCCAAGAGGAUGCUGGGGAGGGUCCUUCUGACCUCCCAGCAGCACCAGAACCUCAUACUCCACCCAGACCUACCAAGCGUCAGCGAACUCGCUCGUUUUCUGCUAGAGACAAUUGCUGUGUUCGAGAUGGCGAUAGAUGCAUCAUUACGAAGCACGCCUACCCUGAUGUCGCCCAUAUUUAUCCUUACUCUAUGGGUGGUGUCGCUCACGAGAGCCCAAAUUCAACUUUCUGGAUCCUCCUUCGGUCUUACUGGUCCAACGAACGAGUUGAAAACUGGCGGGCAGCCGUAUUCCCACGGGGUACUGAAACUCUUUGUAACCUUCUCUGCCUGAGUCCAAAUAUGCACCGCUGGCACUCGAAAGGGCUAUUUGGUCUGCAACCCGUAGAGAUAUCCGAGGAUAAGAGUCGUUUGACUCUGAAAUUCUACUGGCUCCCACAACAUCAAUUCUCUCGCAACGUUGACCUCUCAGCUCGCCCAAAUAUCCCUUGUGAUCUUAACGGGCUGGAAAUGGACUUCAAGGCUUGGAAUGCAAUCACUGAGCGGAAAAUUAGAUCUGGUGAUGAAAUAAUCCUAACGACCAGUGACCCACAAAACUUGCCACUCCCUGACUGGGACUUAUUGGAACUACAAUGGACGCUACAGCGACUAGCUUCCUUGAGCGGUGCUGCAGACAUAAACCCUCAGGAAUAUUCUGAUGAUGAUAGCGAUGGUGUUGAGUGGGAAGAGGAUUUCAGCUUCGAGGCAGAACAAGAUGACCCCUUUACUUAUUCUAGAGUGAGAUCACCAGAUGGAGAUGUCGAGCCCUUCUCUCUAGUAUCCGAAAAGCAGAUGCCGGAUGUUAUUUCAGCUGAAGCGGCGUUUGCAACGUAA